UAUCUUGGCUAUUAGGAAGAUUUCUUCACUGAAAGGGCUGACUUUAAACAGGAUGCCCAGGGAAGUAGUUGGAGUCGCGAUCCCUGGAAGUGUUCCAAAAGUGUGUGGAUGUAGCACUUGGGAAAUGUAGUUUAACAGUGAAUAUGGCCAUGCUGGGUAAACGGUUGGACUCAAUGACUUACGUCUUCCAAACUUAACAAUUCCAAUAUGAUCCUAUUCCAAUCUCCCCCUCCUAGAAUGAAGGGAAACAAUCACCACAUUUCAGCAGAUGUCCCCAGCCAGCUCUUGGGCUCUCACGAAGACGCAGGGCCCAGGGUUCGGCCUGCUUUCCUCUCGGCGCCACUAGCACCGUGUCCAUGCCCUCCCCGGGACAGGCUCCGGCCCCGUUCCGCGGAUCCCGGCGGGACAGGGCGGCACGCGCCUCCCCCGCCCCUCAGCGCGGCCCCGCCCCGAGCCACGCGCGCGACGGGCAGUUAAAGGGCCCAUGGCAGCCGUGCCCGGGCGGUGCCGCUGCGUGCCCGCUCCCGCCGUGUCUCGGUGCUCCGGGCGCUUCCCCGCCGCGGUCCGGGCGUUCCCGCGGGGCUGCUGGGGAUCGGGGGAGCUUCUGCGGGGGCUCGCCUAGCGCGGGGCGGGGGCAGCGGAUAAGUUGGAUAUCUGACAUUAUUGUGGUGGUCUCUCCUGAAAAUAUUGAAACAAUGAAGACUAUCAUUGAAAAAUACGGCCACAAAAGAGUUACAGUAGUAGAAGGUGGAAUAACUCGUCACCGAUCAAUAUUCAAUGGACUGAAAGUAUUUGCAGAGAAUGAAUUUUCCAGCCAUUUGCUCCAGAAGCCAGAAGUAGUGAUUAUCCAUGAUGCUGUGAGGCCUUUUGUUGAAGAAGAUAUUGUUUCAAAAGUGGUUAUGGCUGCUAAAGAACAUGGGGCAGCAGGAGCAAUCCGUCCUUUAGUUUCUACUGUAAUUGCCUCUGCUGCUGAUGGCUGCUUGGACCACUCACUGGAACGUGCCCGGUACAGAGCGAGUGAAAUGCCUCAGGCUUUCUUGUUUGAUAUAAUCUACGAAGCAUACCAACAGUGUACAGACUAUGACCUGGAUUAUGGAACUGAAUGUUUGCAUCUGGCUCUGAAAUACUGUAAAACAAAUGCCAAACUUGUUGAAGGAACAGCUGACCUCUGGAAGGUGACCUACAAGCGGGAUCUGUAUGCAGCUGAAUCAGUCAUUAAGGACAACCUAUCACAGCAAGUUUGUGUUAUCACCAAUGGGAAGGAAACUCUUGCACAAGUAGGUUUUCUCCUUCCUGAAUCUCUGAAAAGCCAAAUAAAAGUUGAAGCUAUUACAGUACCUCUAAGCAAAAAUGAUAGCCGUCUACAAAACAUUAUUUCAGGACAGUGCUACAAUUUUGUUUGUGUAAAUGAUAAAAGGUGUGCCAUUCAAGAAGCCCAGGAAUUAGCGGAUAUGUUGGAAAAAUCAAAUACUCCUCUCUUAUGUCCAGUUGUCCUUAUUUCGGUACAUUUGGAUAUUUCAGAAAAUAAUUCUUUCAGCAUUGGGAUGGAAGACCUAACUACGAUCAAGAAAUUUGCAAGAGAAACUAAAAAGAAAAACAUUUUGGUUUAUGGUCUCCUUAUCCAAUAUAAGAAGUUUCCACUCAUCUCCUAUGUUUUUGGCUACUGGUAUGGAGCAGAAGUGGUCUGGAAUGGGUGUUUGGCUCAAGCCAAACCCCAAAACCCUGGAUGCAGCUGGUGUAGAGGCUGUGCUUGGGAGGAGACAUCUUUCAGCCAGUGAGACGCCCAUCUGACUGACCUUUUACCCUCCAUGCCCCUCACACAAGUCGUCUGCCUGCUUCAAGAGCAUCUGGUGCUUAAACAGAUGUUCUGUGACUCUUCCAAAAGAUCCUGUGCCAGAUGGCAGGAUCUGCAAAAUGGAUCCCUGUCACUCUCACUCACUUUUAUUGGACUUGAACACAAAUACAAUCUAAAUGAAAACAGCAUUAAACACUUUAGCUAAAAGGUACACUAUGCAAUUUAUUCUUUUACUAAUUGGAUGAACGCUUUGAAUCAAGAUUUUUAUAAUGUAAGUAAUAACUGCCAACUCUUAUUUUUAUUGCUUUCUAUUACCUCAGGCAAAUAUGUUAUUUUGAUAUUUAAAUAAUUGGCAGCAGAAAGUUGACAGUUACUAGAAAAAUUAUAAGCAUGAAUCAAGUCAGACAAUAGCUUUUUUUUUUUUUUUUUUUUUUUUUUUUUUUUUUUUUAAAACGUGGUGGGUGAUAUAAAAGACUUCCAGACGUUAUUUCUCAAAUAUUGAUAAUUAGAAAUUCUUCCUGACAUAUCCCAAAGUUCACUAAGCAUUCUCCAUGGGGUAUGCAUGGUAAUAUGAAUCACUCUGCAGUCCACCCAAGAGCAGCAUGAUCCAAAGUGGAGCUCAUGGUUCUAUUUCAGUGCUGUUCUUCUGGUUUUAUGGUGAGAUGAGCAGCCUACACACACUCUAGUUACUUUGGGUGGUGGAUAUUCAGGACUGUGCUUGGUACUGUAGUUAAGAGGAAGACGGUGCAGAUAGUGAAGGUACUCUGUGCCUAAAAUUGAGUGCAAAGCAAGCUGCGAUGGGAAAUGCUUCAUGAAGUUCAAUUUGUAAUUUACAAAAAAAUUAGGUACAUAAGGAUCUUGUCUUGGUAGGAACAGACUUCAUCAUCUGCUUUAUUCAUGGCAAUUUAUUCUGAUAGACAGAAGAUGAAAAAAGUGUGAAAACAGUAAGCAUUGUUAUUGCUCAGUAGUAUUUUGGUCAUUAACUAGAGAAUGUUUUAAAAUUUGAAGUGGUGGAAUGCAGUUACCAAAAAAGCAUUUUGUCACAGUGUGCAGGGACAUUUAACGCCAGCUGGUGUUAACAUAGCAACUUUGGACAGUUUUACACAGUCUGCUUGUUGACUCUAAUGCUCAGAGUUCAGAAUGUGUUUUUCUUUUAAGUGUAAAUGUCUAACUCACAACAUAUACAAGGCAGCUGGUGACUUGCUGGUUUGAUGAACAAUUGUAAGGCUUGUGUGUGAAUAGUUACAGAAUCAUUCAAAUUGGAGAUCUCCAAGAUCAUUGAAUCCAACCUGUGAUCCAACACCAUCUUGUCAACAAGACCAUGACACUUGAUGCCACAACCAGCAGUUUCUUGAAGACCUUUAGGGAUGGUGACUCCACCAUCUCCAUGGGCAACCUUUUCCAGUGCCCGACAACCCUUCCUGUGAAGAAAUUCUUCCUGAUGUACAAUCUGAACCUCCCUUGGCACAGCUUGAGGUCAUUUCUUUUUAUCCUGUCACUUGUUGCCUGAGAGAAGAGGCUGACCUCCACCUGGCUACAGCCUCCUUUCAGGCAGUUGUAGAGAGUGGUAUGGCCCCACCUGAGCCUCCUUUCCUCCAGGCUGAACAUCCCAAUCUGCCUCAGCUGCUCCUCACAGGACUUGUGCCCCAGGCCCUUCACCAGCUCCCUUCUCCGGACAUGCUUCAGCACCUCAAUGUCAUUCUUGUAGUGAGGGGCUAGAACUGAACACCGGAUUUGAUGUGUGUGGCCUCACCAGUGCCUCACCAGUACAGGCAGAUGAACUGGUCCUGCUGGCCACACUCUUCCUGACACAGGGCAGCAUCAAUAAUAACCUAGUAACAAGCAGAAAAUGUAUUCUGUCAGGUGUUUGUUAAACACCUUCUUCAUAAACGCCAUUUAAACUUUGUUGCUGUUGACAGAAUGUUUUGCUGAAACCCAUGCUCCAGCUUAAGCAAGCAGGACUGUGUUUGAUAUGACAUAUAAGAGUAAAGACCUCUAUGCAAAAUAGCAUUCUAAAAAUUGUAAGUGAAGUAGGCAAUUCUAAGAGGUAUGUUAAGAGAGCGGUGAGGAUAUGUGUGUGCAGUGAUUUCACUGGUGCACUGAGAUGUUUUAUGUAGCUGAGAACAAUGCUGCUUAUAACAUGAUAAAAAAGUACAUUGUACUUUUGUAUUGGUGUUUUGCCCACAGUUUUGUUUCAUAUGCUGGUAAAUGUUGACAGCUAUACCUACAGGUUGAUGCCUGUUACAGCAAUGUUUUUCAGGGUGGAAGGGAUGUCUUGAGAUCUGAGCAAGUAUUUUAAACUGAGGAGUAGGAAAGAAAUGCAUAUCCAGUGGAAGCAAGGACAAGUAACCUUAGCAGUGUACAGGGAUGCAGUUUGGAUGUGUAAGGAUGGGAUCAGGAAAGCUAAGUCAUUUAUAGGAAUUUAAGUCUAUCAAGGUCUAUUGUAAUUUUCAGUUCAGGAGUGACAGCUAAUGCAGGCACCAAAUUAUAUAUAUUUCAUUGAUGAAACAACACUUUUUACAAUAUAUAGCUUUUCUUUUGAGUGACUAUUCAAUGAAUAAUUUCAUAAGUUAACACAACAAACAAAGUUCAGCGUUUAUGAAAAGUAAGAAUCUGUCGGACUUAGUUUGGUGUUUUGCUGCUUAUAUAUAUAUAUGUAUCAGGUUAUAUUUGCUUUUAGAAUAGAUUUUCUUUAAAUGCUCCUCUUCCACACAAGAAUUUUUUUCUGCUAGAUGAGAUUUUCUAACAAAUGCAAAAUUCUCUAUGGAAUCUUAAAAAGAGAAAAUAAUUCCUUUUCAUAUUGUGGAUUAUUUGAUUAAUACAUCCAACUAUGAUAUCUAAAUACAUGGGAGGUGUUAGGCUCCUGAUCUGAAUCAGUGUGUAGGAAAGGAGAGGUUCAUUUAUAUCUUUAAAGGGGAUGAGCUUCCUGAUUUAGCCAUCUACUUUAUUACAGGUAAUGUUAGAGUAGUGUAAGUCAGACUACUUAAUACAGAGAGUUUUAGUAGAUUUUAGUUUUAGCAAUUCUGUGUUUUAGCCUUUUGGCUCUUCUAAAAGCAGAGUAUAUCAGGAGCAUAAUGUCAAACACAUCAACUGCUUGACUUGCAGGUGUCUUUGGAUUUUGCAAGUUAUACUUCUGAACUCACACACCCUUUUCCUGCCCAAGAUCAACUGAAAAUCAUGAAAUUUUUCUAUGAAUCUGUGUCUAACUCUGAUAUAUUUUUGGAUUCUGUCAUCUGAUGUAGCAGUGAAUUUUAUUAUGUUCAGAGCUCUUCUCUCACUGCCUGCUUUUGUAAUACUGACUUCUUGUGGAUUGUGGCCAAUCUGGUCUUCUGAUUUUAAAGAAAGCUUUUGUAACUACAUCUCUCUUUCAUCCCUAUAAGCACCCAGAACUGUUUAUGUUAUACAGAGGGAUAUUUUUAAAACAUUUGAUUUUAAAGCAUUUUCCAUAUUUGUUAGAUGGAAUUAUUACAUACAGUUAGAAGAUUAUUUAUGAGUUGUACCAACUCAGUGUUAAUCCUUUAACUGUCUAGUUGUUGGCCCUCUCUCCUAAAUACUAUUGCAAACUAUUCUGAUUUUGGACAUGGAAUAAAAAUCAAGAAAAGAAUCCCUAUGAAAUAA